CAAAGGUAAACCUACUUUAGGAACUUCACCACCUGUGCUGUGAACUUUGCGACGGAUAAGAGCAAGAAUGUCAUAAUGAAUAAUUUAAUUUUGAAACUGGAACUGUCGUAGGAAACUUCAAAUUAAUGACUUUAGAUCAGUUGUCAGUGAUUCCUUAAGUGUGAUGCAAAGCUGUCACCUGGUGCGAUAUUCCGUAUUCCGAGUGAUUCAAGAAUUCCAAUUCAGUUCUUUCCAUGAAAGAUCCUUGGCAGUGAGUGACUUGUGGUUUGGGGAAAUCAAUGAAAACAUCUCACCUUACGGCUUCUAACUUUUCGUUUUCGUGAAUUUUAAUUGUUAGCCGUAAUCACGACAUUUGACGUCGUCGAAGAUGAAAGAGGUUAAUUCAAGCAGGAGUAACCUCAUCAGUUCGGACGACGAGAAUGAAAACAUCGACGGAAAGCCGUCAAACACACCAGAAGCCAAAGCAUCAUGGAUUUACAGAACUUUCAGGAAAAGAACCUGCCAUUGGUUUAUUCCGUCUACUCAAAAUGAUUAUAGAUGCUGUUGUGGGCGCUUGAAGCAGCACCAUAACGGUGAAGCAUUGCUGUCGACUGGUAAAGCAGGAGACAAAUGGCAGGUAUCUAAACAUACUAUCACCAAACCAACCAAUGCCUAUGGAGAACUAGAAUUUCAAGGAGCCGGACAAGUCAGCCGAGCCAAGUAUAUCCGUGUAUCUCAGGACACAGACCCUGAAAUGGCUCUGCGCCUUCUCUGUAAGGAAUGGAAGCUGGAGCUUCCCAAGCUUCUUAUCUCAGUGACGGGGGGCGCAAAGAAUUUUGUGCUUCAUCCGAGACUGAAACAAGUGCUGCGACAAGGCCUUCUUAAGGCCGCGCAAACCACAGGAGCCUGGAUUAUGACAGGUGGCACGAACACAGGUGUGAUGCGUCACGUUGGGGAGGCUGUGCGAGGUCAUACAGUUAUGUCACGUGGUGCCCAACUGAAGGACAAUACCCAGCAAGUUCAUUUGAUUGGCAUAGCGACCUGGGGAAUUGUGGAUCACAGAAAAAUUCUCGUCGGUAAUCAGGAUGUGGUGUCUUAUCAGAUGACAUCCAGUAAGAUGUCACAAGGCGCAUGCCUGGAUAACAACCACACACAUUUUAUUUUAGUUGAUGAUGGCACGAUCAAUAAAUUUGGAGGAGAGAUUUCUUUUCGCGCAAGUCUUGAGAACUGUAUAUCACGAAAACAGAUGGAGAAAUCAUGUGAGCGAACGCAUGGUGUACCUGUGGUACUGCUCGUUCUAGAGGGAGGCCCCAACACCAUUCGCACAGUCUUAGAAUCUGUUGGAAGGAGUCCUGCUGUACCAGUGGUUGUUGCCGAAGGAAGUGGCAGGGCGGCAGACAUCUUAGCGUAUGCUCAUCGCUUCAUUUCUCAGAGUAGCUGUGAUGGAGACCUUCAGGAAAUGGUGGAUGUUGUGGAACAUCAUCAACUGUUUGUCAAAAUAGAAAAAGCUUUCCCUGAAUGUGACGAGGAAGAAUGUCUGAAGAUCUACGAAAAUGUCCUGAGAUGUGUAGGAAACAAGAGAUACAUCACAAUUUUCAGUGUGAACGAAGAUGGGAUGGAUAUUGACCGAGCAAUUUUGAGAGCACUUUUAAACGGUCACAGUGCUUCGCCGUCCCACCAGCUGAGUCUGGCUCUUAUAUGGAACAGAGCUGACAUCGCUAAGUGCGAAAUCUUCAAGGAGGAUCGUAAAUGGGAGAUUUCGGUAUUGGAGAGCGCCAUGUUUGAGGCUUUGGUGAAGGACCGUGUUGACUUCGUUGAUCUUCUCUUGGAGAAUGGUGUUAGUAUGUCGUCGUUCCUCACUGCUCGCCGUCUGGAGGAACUUUACAGAGUUAGGGCAACAAAGAGCUUCACACUUUAUCGACUCUUUGGAGGGAAAAAGGCUCUUAAAUCCUUCAAACUGGGAGACUUAGCAAGUGUCACUGAACGGCUGUUGGGAAUCAGCUUUGUUCACCAUCACAAAGAAUAUGGAUCGAUCAAGAAGGGUAUAGGAAUGGCGAAUAUGAAAAUGUUUAUGUCAACCGCAGACGAAAGCUACUUUGGCGCAGGGUUCAAGUUACCGUACAACGAGCUCUUAAUAUGGGCAGUACUCUCUAAUCUCCACAAAAUGGCACUAUUUUUGUGGGAAAGAGGUGAUGAGAACCUUGCCAAGGCCCUUGUGGCAGGCAAAUUAUUUAAGGCUCUCGCAGAGGAGAUGGCAAAAGAGGAAUUGAAGGCAGAUAUAACAGAGGAACUCGAAACUCAUUCACGUGAGUUUCUGGGUAUUGCUUUGGGUUUACUUGAUGAGUGUUAUCGCUCAAAUGAAGACGUAGCACAGCAGUUGUUGACUUACAACUUGGACAACUGGGGAGACCAGUGCUGUCUGUCACUUGCUGUUGCUACAGGGCACGAGGAGUUCGUUGCUCACCCAUGUUGUCAAACCCUGCUAACUGAGAUCUGGAUGGGAGCCAUGAAAAUGAGCGAAUGGUGUUCAGUCAAGACCGUUCUGGGCGUCCUGAUUCCACCUACAAUUGCAUUCUUAGAGUUUAAAAGUAAGAAAGAACUGUGUCAAAUGCCAGUCACAUUCGAAGAACACGAACAAGGGCAAACCGAGAAAGGCGAAGAGGAGACUGGGAAUGAAGAAAAAUCUAACGGAGACACCGCAGCACGCUUCUCCAAAACAGAUUCACAAGUACAUCUCAGAUCAUUCUCGCCCUCCAGCCGUACAGAAAGCACGGACUCUCUGAGUGUGAAAAAGCGAUGGAUGGAUGCGUCUGAGAGUCCUAUGGUAGAUCCCAGUUUAGGACGGAAGCUGUUCGAUUUUUAUCGGGCGCCCAUCACCAAAUUUUGGGGGAAUGUGAUUGUCUACUUCAUGUUCCUGAUUUUGUUCUGUUACGUUAUUUUAGUUCGUCUUCCUGUGACCCCCCCUCCCCAGGAAAUCAUCCUCAUCAUAUUUGUAUUUACAUUGUUUACAGAGGAAGUUAGACAGGUGCUUCAUUCGGAGUCUAAGAGUCUACUCAAGAAAUUUAAAGAAUGGGGUUCCUGCAAAUGGAAUUUGUGUGACGGUUGUGCCAUUCUGUUAUUCUUUGUUGCUGCUGGUUUUCGCUUGAACCCAGAAACUCUCAAAAUAGGUCACAUUCUUUACUGCCUCGACAUCAUGUUGUGGAUCAUCCGGGUUCUCGACAUUUUCUCGUUUAGCAAAGUGCUGGGACCGUACGUCGUCAUGAUUGGUCGAAUGACAAUCGACAUGACGUAUUUUCUGCUUAUCAUGGUGGUGUUCCUGAUGGCGUAUGGUGUGGCGCAACAAGCCAUCUUGUUUCCCUACGAAUCAGGUUCUUGGAACCUCAUUCCCAAAGUUUUCUUCAGACCUUACUUCCAAGUCUAUGGCGAACUGUUCAUCGAAGAUGCCAGCCAUGAGGGUCAAAACAGCACAGCGUUCAACACACCUCGUUUUGAUGAAUUUGGUGGAACGCUCGUCACUGUUAUUAUGGCGCUGUAUCUGUUGGUCGCCAAUAUUCUACUGCUCAAUCUCCUCAUUGCCAUUUUCAACAACACGUUUUCCUAUGUUCAAGCCAACUCAAACCAGAUCUGGAAAUUCCAGCGGUAUCAGCUGAUCAUGGAGUAUACGCAUAGACCUGUGUUGGUGCCUCCGUUUAUUAUCAUCAAUCAUCUGUAUCUCAUUUACAAAGCUUGCUGUAGACCGCGGUGUUGUGUCAAGAAAAGCAAACUGAAACGGAAAAGGGCAGACAAAAAACUAAAGCUUUUUCUGGAGAGGCAAGAUGUACAUAAACUGAUGUUGUUUGAAGAACAAUGCGCUGAAAGCUAUUUACAACAAAAGGACACGCUGUUCCAUGCUACACCAGAAGAAAGAGUGAGAGUCAUUGGAUUUAGGGUUGAAUCCAUCAAUAAUCACAUGAGAGAGACCACCCGGGAAAAUGAAACAAAAGUCCAACAAAUUUCAAAAAAAGUCACGAGCAUCGACGAACGCUUAACAAGAAUGGAAGAGUACACUAUACAAAUUCUGGAUAUGCUUGCGAACGUUAAUGGUCCUCUGUCCUCCCCUGCGGAGGAGCGUGAAGAUGCCAUGUCGGAGACCAGCUCGUUGAACAUUGAGUACAGGGAUCAGGAUGAAUUUUCACCCAGAGUUGGCCCUAAAAGAAUGUUCAGCCGUAUGAUGAGUGUCCCAGCGUAUGUACACCGACAGCAAGCAAGCUCAAGUCUCCGUCCUACACCUAUGUACUUCAGACAUAAACUUCCAAACAGCAAUCCUUAUCCAUCUUGGUACCGUCAAUUAUCAAAAAGCAACUGGCACCGGAGCAGCCUUGAGAAAGCAAUCCGUAAAUUUAAAAGAAGUGUCACUUUACCUUCGCUGGAUGAGGUGUCUAAGGGCAGUGGCGGAAAAGCGGAAAAAGGCAAAAUGGAAGCGCAUGUUCCUUUCGCGCAAGUUUCAUCUCGGAUACCGCUGAAACGUGCAGACAGUGAGGGAACAGUCCAAACUCAAGCACAAGCCGCCGCUAAAGGCAAAACCCGCAAGCGGUCAAAUACACUUCCUGAUAACGUACUAUACAGAGAUGCGUUCGCAGCAGCCAGAGAACUGGGACUGCACGUGAAAGCGAGGCAAUCACCUUAUCCAUUGAGCGACCAACAACGUUACCCAGUACCAGACUUCCUUGUUGAUUGGCAGAUGCCGUUCCCAGGCUAUGCUCCGCCAGUGUACACUGCGCUUGAUGUGAUUCAAACUCCGGAGUGGGCCGACGUUGAUCUUUUGGAACCUGCCUAUCAACAUGUAGAGCUGAAUUUCAAUGACGUUGGAAAAGGAGUUGAUCGAAGAAGCUACAUGAAAAUUUACGAAGUUGUCAACGGUAUUCCACGAAAUCCAAUGGGUCGAACGGGAAUUGCCGCGAGAGGUCUUCUUGGCCGCUGGGGACCAAAUCAUUUUGCUGACCCAGUUAUUACCAGGUGGAAGAGGACUCAAGAUGGAGCAGUUGUUGAACGUUUCGGCAAAUGUGUUAUGGAAUUUGUCGCAGUUCAAUUACGCGACACCUUGGAAUGGGCGUUACCAGGGGGAACUGUUGAGGCCGAAGAGACGUUUCCAACCUACCUUCGUAAUGAAUUUUCCGCUGAGGCUCUCUGUUCUCCAAGUGCGAGUGAAGACGAAAAGCAGCUAAUGUCUGAACGUCUUGAGCAACUUUUUUCCAACGGUAUUCCGGUUUACAAAGGAUAUGUGGAUGAUCCGCGUAACACAGACAAUGCUUGGAUGGAAACAAUAGCCGUGAGUUUCCAUGAUGAUACAGGACUCAUUUUGGACAGCGUUCAUUUUAAGACUGGUAUUAACGCCCGCGGUCUCCAAUGGCAGGAAGUCAGCAAUCACCUCAAGUUACAAGCCAAUCACAUUCCAUUCUUGAAGCGAGUUGCAGAGCUUCAUGGAGCCUUGUAUGACUAGCCACUAUCCUCAUCGGCUCAAUAGAGGAUUAGGAAUGGGCUGUUUGCUUUUUAUAGAGAAUGCUUUAUUAUUAACCAAUAAAAUAAGGAGCCAUCGAAUAAGGCGAAACAGUUUCUCAGAAAAUACCGUGAAAAAAUCAAAUCCGAACCAAAAAAAUUCGAAUGUUCACCCUCUCCCCAUUCCUUUCAGAAAAUGAUUUGCACCACUUGUUGAUGUAAGCUGUGUUAACUACGCGGAUAAUGAAUAAAGGGGGUAGGUUUCUGAAGAAACUGUGGUGUUACGUCAGUGGAAGAUAUUAUAAGAUAAUUAGGUUUUAUCAACUGAGUUGAUGAUGUAAUUUGGCCACCGUAGAGUUCUAAGGCUGACGUUUCGAGUGUUAGCCUUUCGUCAGAGCGAAGGGAUAAUGGACUCCUUUUCUCUUCGCCAACUAACGAAAAUACUCUGUAAACACAUGCAAGUAUUAUCUAUCGACUUGAGGUCUUCCUCGAUUUAACCUUAAGCAAGUCUUUUAUUGGUGACCUUAAACAUGCACAGUAUUUGGAGGGAAUUUUUUUUGAGGAAGAAAUAUGCAGCGACGUUUACAUGAAUAAGUUAAUGAAUCUAGUUUUUUGUUCCACGAUACGUAUUAUUGUCACAUUUAAUCUACUGGAGGCGAUCUAUCGACUUGAUUUGAGGAGUUAAUGAAUGCAAUGAGAAACUCGCAUUGAAGUUUUUAGGCUCUGAGCCAACGUAUCUUUAUGGGAAAUUAAGUUGGCUCUGAACCAACAAAACAGGGUUUUUUUUUUUUAAUGUUGAGUUUUGUGAAUAAUAAAUAACGAAACUUUUCCGAUCCUUCAUUAAA